CUUCCGUACAGAGGAAGUAGCAGCCUGUUAGCUGUUAGCUUCGGUUGUACAACACAAGGACAGAGGAGCGCUCCUAUGAGAUCUCACGUUAUUUUGAUCAACUUUUACUUUUUGUUUUUGCUUUUUUAAGAGACACCAAGUUAUUUUAUCUACCGCGAAUGUAACGAUGCCUCCCAAACCUCUGGAACCGCUGGCCAAGAAACUCAUGAAGGGAGUGAUCGUUCUGGAGCUGCUGGGUGUCUUCGGGGCCUACGGUCUGUUUCACAAGAUGAACAACAGUCAAGAUUUCAGGAGCACCAUGAACAGGAGGUUUCCAUCGAUUCUGGAAGUUUACUACCAGUCCAACGAGUGGGCGGGCGCCUACGGCAUCCGAGAGAGAGACCACGAAGCCUGGGCGGCCAAACAGGAGUGAAGGUGUCCGUCAGUUACAGUCCACAACAACACACAGCAGCUACUUCUUCUUCUUCUUCUUCUUGUUCCCGAACAUCUUGCUUCCUGUCCUGGCUCGGCCCAACAUCUUCUUCUUGUUGAACAUGGUCUUCUUCCUGCGCAGCGUCUUAACGUGGCGGUCUUGGAUCCAGUCGUCACGCUGAGACUCCCACUUGAUCUGCUUCAGGCCUGCGGGGGGACAGGAAGUGUUAGAAAGACAAGGAGAGGACGUCUGCAUCACGUCCCGCCUCUGGUUUUAGGAAUCAGAUGGAACAUCGUAAUGAAAGUCGUUUCUGUUUUUACCUACAUUUGUCAAAUGAUGGAAAAUAUGAAUAUUGUGAUAUUAAUUUGAUCUCUCAGCCCUAAUUUAUUUAUGCAGUGAGUGUUUUAAGCUGAUUUUGUCUCUGUGGAGAAGUUAUGAAAUGUUGCUGGUAUCCAGCCGACUCAAUAAAAACGUUUCUCUCAUCUUUUCCUUUUUUAAAACGUGAUGAUCAGAGUCUGAUGUUGUUUUACGUGCAACAUUUAAUAAAUGCUUUAUAACACACUGUAA